UCUUUAUUAAAAUUAUUUUUCAUGUGUUAAAAAGCUCCAUCUCUUUUAUAAUCUCAUAAGAGAGUAAUUAAACGGCCUUAUAGCCGUAUUUUCAAGAUAUUAUUUCAAAAAUGUUUUAUAAUUAUUAGAUAUUUGUAAAUAAAAUUAAUAUGCAGUGACUUGCGAAUAUUAAGUUUGGGGUUGGAGUUUACAAAAGAAGUUAAUACUAUAGAAAUGUGUGAAAUCCAAUACAUAAAAAGUUAUUAAUUUUCUAAAGUAUGGGGAUAACUUAAAUUAUUAUCUGUGUAUAAUCCACGCCACUGACUUUUUUUCUACAAUAAUUAACUGUUUUAGUUUAACGACAAAGCAUUUGAAAAGGAUGAGGACUUGUUGCUUAGGAACCAAUAUCAAAAUAAUGAUUAUUUUGUAUGAAACCAUCUUUAACUCAGUAGCGUCCAACUCUGAACCAUUGCCAUUUCUAAUGUUAUUUAUUUUCUAGAUUAUUUAAUAGCCCAGAUUCCAGUCACUUCGAAUUUCAUUUUGCUUUUUUGGGUUUUUAGUUACCGAAAAGGUAUCACAAAUCAUUUCACUCAAUUUCUGCAGAAAUUAUUACAGGUUUUGCAAUAAAUAUACUAAAUUAGGCUCUAGAAAACUUUACGAUAUUGUCAUGGGACUUCGACUUGGACCUAUCUUGAAAUUGGACCAUAAUUCUACGACAAACAUGGAAUUCUUUUUAAAUUUUGCGCCAUGUUGGUGCAUGGACAUUUCACCAGAUGUCUCUACGAAUUUUCUUCGAAUUCGACGGGUGGCAGCAUAGACAUUUGGAGUAAAUUAUUUUUCAUUCUUUAGGCAUUGUUCGUUUUUGUCUGAAAAGUGUAAAGUGAGAACGAUUUGUGAUUAUUAUAUUUCGAGAUAAAACCUCACUUUAAUAAUUAUUAGUUACCAAAGUAAAAUGAAAUAGUAUUAAUAACCUGUUCAAGGUAUGUUUGUGGAGUUUGUACUUGUCAAUGAUUUACAUGUUCUCGCUAUCAACUGUUUAGUGCGAAUUAUUUUUGUCUAGUCAAAACCAAUAAGCAGAAGACACGCAGGAAUCAACAAAGGAAAAUCGUUCAGGGCCUUCUAGUUAGGUUAAAUCAUUGAUGGGAAGGUUAGUGAUAACCUGAUGUCAAUACAACACAUCUAACAAUCAGAAAAGGGUUGUCUCCAGGUAUUUUAGGAGAAGGUUUCCACAACAACAAUGAGUGCACCAUUGUUUGCAUGUUCUCGUUGUUUUUCAAGACAUCCAUUUGAGGAGUUGUCAGCAGGACAACAACUGUGUAAAGAGUGUCGAGGGGCAUUUCCUGUCGUGAAAUGUACAUACUGUCGCUCGGAAUUUCAACAGACUUCGAAAGGAAGCACUAGCACAAUUUGUAAAAAGUGUGAACAAAAUGUUAAGGCAUAUGGAAAGCCGACCGCGUGUGAAUAUUGCAAUAUUAUUGCUGCUUUUAUAGGAAAUAAGUGUCAAAGAUGUACUAACUCUGAGAUUAAGUAUGGACCUCCAGUCAAUUGUGAACAGUGCAAACAGAAAUGUGCUUUUGAUCGACACGACGACGAUAAAAAGGUCGAUGGAAAGCUACUGUGUUGGUUAUGUACUUUAUCUUUCAAACGAGCGCUAGCCAAAACAAAGCAAGGCGACGCUGAAAGGAGAGCUCACAUGAAAAUAUCUCAGUUACAUAAGUCUAAACACAAGGAAGGAAAAUUACGUAGUCACAACAAGCGCCCACAUCGAGUCGACGUGACGAAACUCCCGGCAUUAGACAACGACAACGGAAUACCUACGAAGGUAUCCCGCAAUAACGCUAGCCCAGGCUUAAUUAGAGCCGAACUCGAUCCGAACAGUUCAGAUCAUGUUGUCGCGAUGACUCAGUUGAAGGAAAAAAUAGCGACGUUACAAAAACAGCUCAGUAUGAAAGAUACGCAAUUAUUAAAUAAAGAUAAAAUGAUAACCGAACUGAAGGCUAAACAUUUCACAACCGAAUCUGAACUCAGAACUAAGAUGAAAAAUUGCCAGAAAGAAUGCGACGAUAAGGUUGAAGCGUUAAAUAAACGCAUCACGAGUCUCUUGAAGGAAGUGGCGAGUUUAUCGAAAACCGCCAAGAAAAAUAAAUUUGCUAGCACUUCGGCGGCCGAAAAUUCAAACAACAGUGGUAGUGGCACAGACAGUCCUAGCCUUCAAUAAACGGUCACUGAUUUUUUUGACUUAUAACCGUUUGUAAAAUAAUGUAUAAUGCGGUUUUAGAAAUUUCAUUUCUAGGAAGUCAUAUUGGAGUCAGAUUAGUUUACAAAAAUUAACACUUUACAGGCCGCCUUACAGAAAGCGAAUUAAGUUGUUUUUUUUUGCAUUAUCAAACAUUAAGUUUGUCGCAAAUCAAAAUUUGUAAAUGGACUCUCUCAAUGGCCAAAUGAAAUUCAAACGUCUAACUUGAAUAAAAUUUUUAAAAACGCACUGUAUAUUCAACUAAAUUAUGCACACACAUAUUUAAUUUAAGUCUGUUAUUAUGUAUUGUCGACCAUGUGAGUCUUAAUUAAUUGAAUAAACUAGUUUAU